AUGGCCACUACCGGAACUCUCCAGCGCCUCUCGGCCGCGGCCCUGGCCGAGCUCAUCCUCGCCGAGCAGAACCCCUCCAACCCCGCGGUAGCGAUUAUAGACGUGCGGGAUGACGACCACAUCGGCGGCCACAUCAAGGGCUCCCAGAACAUCCCGUCCGGCCGUCUCGACGCCAUGCUGCCGACCCUUGUCCGUCAGCUGCAGGACAGGCAGACCGUCGUCUUUCACUGCGCGCUCUCACAGCAGCGGGGCCCGGGGGCCGCGCUGAGGUAUAUCCGCGAGCGGGAGCGCAUGUUCCCCAGCAGUGGCCAGGCUGCCUCGAGCAAUACCGACGAGCAGAAGGACGGAGAGAAGAAAGAGACACAGGUCGUGCAGAGGGUCUACGUAUUGGAUCGUGGAUUCGUGGGCUGGCAGGAGGUGCAUGGCGAGGACGAGAGGUUGACCACGGGAUAUCGCAAAGAUCUCUGGCAGGACGGCUAUUGGGGUUGA